AAUACGGUAUUGGUUUUAAUAAAGGUACGACAAAAAAAUAAAUAAAUAAACGUAAACUGAAAACUGCCGCAAAGUGAUUCGUUGACCCGAGCCAAAAUGGCUGCAACCAUGAAAGGAUGUGGUAUCGCGUCAAUAAGGAGUAUAUUUGGACUUAUUCAUUCGAGGUUAGCAGCAAUAGGCAGUGGUCCUCAGAGGUCAUCAUGUAUACACACCAGCACUGCAUUUGAAUCAAAAAACUGGGAAAAGAAGAACAAGAUUGUUUAUCCGCCUCAGCUGCCCGGCGAGCCUCGCAGACCGGCUGAGGUCCAUCAUUCGAGGCGACAGAUAAAGUACAGCAAAGACAAGAUGUGGUACCUGGCUAAAUUGAUCCGGGGGAUGAGCAUCGAUCAGGCUGUGGCACAGUUGGAGUUUAAUGACAAAAAAGGGGCAAAGAUCAUGAAAGAAGUGCUCCUGGAAGCUCAGGAGAUGGCGGUGAAGAAUCACAACGUGGAGUACAAGUCCAACCUCUAUGUAGCGGAGUCUAACACGGGCAAAGGCAUGUACCUGAAGCGCAUCCGCUACCACGGGAGAGGCAUGUUUGGCAUCAUGGAUAAAGUCUACUGCCACUACUUCGUCAAGCUGGUUGAGGGUCCACCGCCCAUUAAGGUGGAGAAGACUAACCUGGACCGGGCCAAUGAGUAUGUGCAGAACCUCAAGAGGAGGACGAUUAUACAUAGUCUAUAGGUUACCCGUCCAUUUUUAACAUGAGUCUGACGAGCAAUUUUGUAAAUAAAACACUUAAGGGACUUUUUUU